AUGGCUUUGCAGGUUGAAAAAAAGCACGAAAGAAAUUUCCUUGUUGUAAUUGCAGCCGAAUUAUUCAUGAUGAUGAAAGAACAAUUUAUUUGUAUGACUCUUAGACAUGUUAAAAGCUUCAGUAGAUUGAGGCACGCUGCAAGGCCAAUGAGAAAUUUUAAGGUCCAUCGAAUGGCGAGCACACACAGUUUGGAUACUUUAUCCGACAACCAUCAUUUGACUAGACUUCAAUUUUUUAUUCCACAUUUUUUUCUCACUACGCCCGAUGAUAGAAAAAAGAGUCCAUUAGAAUUAUCACAACAUAAAAUUUCAUAA